AUGCUUUCUAGGAUUUCGAACUUGGCAUUAAAGAAGCAGCUAAAGCAAUUAGCGAAAAUUAGCUUUCAGACUCGAUAUGCUUCCACUGCCACAGAAGCUAACAAAGCGGACAAGAGAACGAUUGCAAUUACAGCCGUCGCAGCUGCAACUGUUGCCGGUGGCAUUGGCUAUUAUGUGUAUGCAAAUCCUGUUCAUGCCACCAGCUUAGCGGAUGAUGGUCUUCAUCCACCAGCUUAUCCGUGGUCCCAUAAACCGAUAUGGGCCACCUUUGAUCAUGCUGGCAUUCGGCGUGGUUAUCAAGUCUAUAAAGAAGUCUGUUCUACAUGCCAUUCGCUUGAACGCAUAGCUUGGCGUAACUUUGUUGGUGUCUCACACACUUUGGAUGAAGCGAAAGCCAUGGCUGAGGAGGUGGAGUAUACUGAUGGCCCUGACGAUAGCGGCGAGUAUUUUCAACGUCCCGGUAAAUUAUCAGAUUAUUUGCCACGACCAUAUCCAAAUGAAGAAGCUGCCCGCGCUGCCAAUGCCGGUGCUCUGCCCCCCGAUCUCUCUUUGAUGAUUAAGGCCCGUCAUGGUGGAUGCGAUUACGUCUUCUCGCUGCUUACUGGCUAUGUCGAUCCACCGGCAGGAAUCGAAAUAAGAGAGGGACUUCACUACAAUCCUUACUUUCCCGGCGGUGCUAUCGGCAUGGCUCGAGUUUUGUACGAUGGACUUGUCGAAUAUGAAGACGGCACACCGGCCACUACAUCUCAGAUGGCUAAGGAUGUAGUAACAUUCCUCAAUUGGGCCGCUGAGCCCGAGCAUGACGAAAGAAAGAAAAUGG